CACAACAAAACGCACAGGCAAAUAGUUUCCACGUCGGCUAAAUCAGAUUAGGGAUUCGUUCGCGGUCCAUCAUAGCAGACAUUCCGGUACACAGACAAAGCUCAAGAUGCCACCCUUUCGCGAUGAUCAGAUACUGAUCAUUGCGCCCGGGUCGCAAACCACUUUAGCACAACUUGGUCUCCCAGAGUCCUUCACACCAGCGCGGCAACGAUUUCCAUCUCGCAUGUUCCCGGCUCAAGAGGCUGGCCAUUACGAACCCGUCCGAUACCGUAAAAAAGAGAAGAAAGCACAGCCCGCUGUUCAGAAUGAGUCGUCAGCGGCGCCAACAAACGGUGAAUUGAAGAAAGAGGGAGAGGAGGAGGAGGAGUGGGAAGAGGAUUCUACCAACGAGGAGGGUGCAAUUUGGCCUAUACAAAAAGGAAGCAUUGUCGAUUGGCCAUGUUUUUAUGCGCUGAUAGAACACGUCUAUCAAUCAACGCAGCCUUUGUGGCAUACACCUAUACUCAUCAUCUCCGACCCGGUCUGGACACACAAAGAAUGCGAAAAAGUGGCGCAGUUCAUUUUCGAGAAGUUCAAGACGCCCGCACUGGCUAUGAUGGAUGCCGCAGUCGCUGCCUCUUAUGCAUACGGCGUGCCUACAGCGACUGUGGUAGAUGUGGGAUUUGACAAGGCGAACGUUUCAUGCAUCGCGGAAUAUGUACUGCAGGACGUGGGUCGCGCACUUGCUGUACCGGAUUGCGGUGGAGAAACCAUGACACAAAGACUGGUCGAACUCUUGAAGGACAAUGAAACAUUCACCUACAGCGUGUGCGAACAGUUGAAGAAGAGCCCCAUCUGCGAAGUCUUGCCAUCCGACGCUGAAUUGCCGACAGCAGAGGCGCCCAGCACAGAAGCUGUCAACCCUGCAGCUGCGGCCUCAACCGGAAUCGACCCGGCUGGACCGAGGAAGCAGUCGCUUGUUGGUGACAUCCCUCGCGGUCCAGGACCUGGCACUGAGGUGGGAGAGGAGAAGAAACUUGGGGAAGAGGACGGAGUCCUGGACAUCGCCAGCAUUGUCACCAGCAACAACCUGACUAGUAUAUUGGCGCAAAAAGAGCGUGACAAGGCAGAGAAGGCUGCGGCGAAGCAGAAAAGGGCGGACGACAAGUUGGCUGCGGCGAAUAAGCCUGCAAGACUUGUUAACGCGAAGCGCAUGCGUAACACAUUCAUAUACGAAGAAGUCAAGCCGAAUGAAAGUGCGACAAAUGCGGUCGCCUCAGAACCUCCCGCACCAGCUCCGCAAGCCACAUCAGUCGAGGGACAACAGUCCGGCGUUGCUGAGCCGCAGUCCGCGACCACAGAACAGCUGCCUGCAAAUCCUAUCUCAGCACCCCAAGAAAGCGCACCAGCAGAGCCUUCGCCAGUAUCGACCACCUCCCGCCGUGAGAUCGAAGUGGGUCUCGAACGAUUCCAGGCAGCAUCAGACGGGCUAUUGGAGCGCCUGGCCGAUGCAAUCUACCGCACCAUCCAAUCCUGCAACGAUACCUCGCGACGGGGCGAUCUCUGGGACAGUUUGAUCGUGUUGGGCAACGGCAGCAAGGUCCGCGGUUUCAAGGAAGCGCUCCACCACACCUUGCAAUCGAAGUACAUCAUCUCACCAUCCUCUGCAACUAUAUUCACCUCGGAGAUUCCAUCCAAUCUGUCGACUCCCGCAGCCACAGGCGCCAACACUCCUCAACUCGGACCUCAAUAUGCACUCGGCGCACCUGGCGGACCUGGAUCGAGUGUAAAUCCUCUCCUGCACGCCGCUCUGACAGCACGCAGUCAGGACCCCUCACAGAUGUACCCACCUUCCACUCCUGGAAGCGCACCACCUACUCCAUUCCAACAAGGCGGACAGCAACCAAUACCGCCGUAUCCGCCAGCAGCCGCCCACCACAAUCUACAUUCCUCUGCGCACCAUCAACAAACACCCACUACGAUCCGCUACGCGAAGAUCCCCGAGUAUUUUCCGGAAUGGAAGGAUGUCGGGUACGAUGAAGCGGCAUUCUUGGGCGCACAGGUCGCUGGGAAGUUGUUGUUCAUUGUUGAUGGGGGCGCGAGCAAAGGCUAUCUGACACGUACGGAUUACAAUGAGCAGGGACCUGGGGGGAUUCAUGAUGUGAGGCUUUGAAAGGGCGAACUCUUCUGUAGACCAUGUGUCACGGACGAAUAGCAUGUGGGUCAUCAGCAAAGUCAACCAUCGGAUCAGUAUUUGAAAU